AUGCAUCGUCCUGAAGGAUUCAUAAUACCAAAAAAUGAAGAAUAUUCAAUAGAAGCAUUAAAAGUCACAAAAGAACUUUUUGAUUUAGGAGUGAAAGAAGAAAAAAAUUUUUUUUCUAAUAAUAAACCAACAUCUAAUGAUGAUGAUGAUAUUAGGAAUCCAUUUGAAGAAUUGAUUGUUGAUGGAAUUGAUAAUGAUUUAAUUUGGGCAGAAAUUGAAUUAAAAAAUAAUUUAUUUUCAAAAUUUUUAAAUAAACAAUUGAUUGAUAUUGAAAAGAAAGUAAUGAAUCAAAAUUAUAGUGAAGAAUUCAAAUGGUAG